AUGUCGGACUUUUUUACCAGCAUGUCAGGCCUCUUUACUGACCUGUCAAAGCAAGAGAACUGUAACCAGGACUACAUCACCCGGCUACAGGAAACGCGGGAAAGGAAGCUCGUUCGAGCGAUCCGCAAGAACGACAUCGCCAAGGUCAACGCACUUCUUGCAGAUGGUGUUUCACCUGACGGCGGUUUAGAGAGAGCCCCAUUGCAAAUCGCCGUCCGGCUACGCAGACGCGAAAUCAUACAACUACUCAUCCAAUAUGACGUCCAAUCUCCCACUGACCCCGGGCCGGAUAUGGACGAUGACGAGUUGCUAAUAGCGGCCGGCCGGGGCGACGUGGAAAUAUUAAAGAUGCUUAUAGAGUACCGUAAGAAGCUUAGCUAUCGGGGCACGGCAUGGCCAAGCUAUCGAGGUGACGAACCUAUUCAUCGCGCUGCUUGUUGGGGUCGCUUGGAAUGCCUUCAGUUGUUAGUGCAGGAAGGUGCUACGAUCAAUCUUGAGAAUUCUCGUUGGGAAACGCCAUUACAUCGUGCAGCUAGUCUUCCGACUGGAGUACAGAACGGACUACCGGUACUGCGUUUAUUACUCGCUUCGGGCGCAGGUAUCAAUGCCUUAACUGUGACGGGUGAUACGCCUAUUUUAACAGCAGCUCGUGUUGGUAAUGAAGCCGUAUUAAAGAAUUGCUUAAGUCAUCACCUGAUGUUCACCAAAAAGGUCAAUUUGGAGAGACAGUUCUACUUGUUGCUAUUUCUUAUUGUCCCUUGA